AUGUCCAGUUACGCUACAGACCUAGACGACUUCAUGGGGGGUCGUGAGGCUGUCUCACGCUCUCCGUCGGCACCCGCUGAUCGCACACCGCCAGAGCCGCAGACCACCAAGAAGCGCAAGGCCGAGAAGGAACCCGAGACAAACAAGAAAGCCAAGGUCAUGGAAAACAAGGCCAUCUGGAUCUCCAACCUGCCGCUCGACACCACGAAGACGGAGCUCGAGGAAGAGUUCUCACGAUACGGCAUGAUCGACAAGGGCGCCAACGGCGAGCCUCGCAUCAAUCUUUACAAGGAUGAUGAGGGCAAGUUCAACGGCACUGCCAUGAUCGUAUACUUCAAGAAAGAGGCGAUCGUCAAUGCCGUCAAGCUUGCGGAUGACUACCCUCUGCGCCUUGGCGAAACCAAGCACGGCAACAUCCGCGUUGAGCCUGCCAGCAUGGACUACAAGAAGGAGAAGGAUGGCGAUAAGGUGGCAUCGAAGCUGACACGUUCUGAUCGUAAGGCGUCAGAACGUAACAGGCAAGAGCUCAACCGAAAGCUCAACGAGUGGUCCGACAACGAGGAAGAGGUUGCCCAAACCUUCGUGGCCAAGAAGAACAAGUGGGCGAAGACCGUCAUCAUCAAGGGCAUGUUCGACGUGGACGUGAUGAAGAACGACCCGGAUAACUAUGGCGAUGUCUUCGAUGAUACGAUGGAACCCGCUAAGGCGAUCGGCGAAGUCACCAAGGUCACGAUUUGGGACUUGGAACCUGAGGGCAUUGUCACCGUCCGCUUCAAGGAGUUCGAGGACGCAGAGAAGUUUGUGGCCUGGAAAUUCGGCGGCAAGAGAUACGAAGGGCGCGAUCAAGAGCUUAUGCUUGCCGAGGACAAGCCGCGCUUCAAGAAGUCUGGCCGUGGCGAUAUUCCUGACAGCGAUUCAGAGUAA